UAUCUCGAAAUGUGUUUCACAUGUGACUUUCAAAAUACACAUGUUCCCAACUAGAACGAGAGAGCAACGUUUGUUCCAUUUCAACGCAAGAUGUCUCAAAAAACCGGAAGCGAGGAAAGGAAACGGCGAGUCAGAGGCAAAGAGACCUCUACCGACCGGUUCGAAAAGCUGAAGAACCGAUCAAUAGUCAAAACAAGCUGUCAAAAAAGAUAAGCGGUAGUGAGAACAGCCCGAGACUUGAACUAUGUAGAUGUAUUUCACGUGACUUAAUGACGGGUCAUGGCAAAUUCACUCAAGUGCUAUCUUUGAAUUGGGUUUCCCCACCUCAGAGUUGUAAGAGGUGUUUUUAAACAUGGACCUAUUUGACAGAUCUGGAGAUGAAGAGGAAGAUCUAUUCGCACCACCCAAAUCUAAGGCCCGCUCCAAUGGUCUUGGGGCUCUAUUUUCUCCCAAGAAAGGUUCGAAACCCAAUGAGUUGAAAUAUCAAGCCCCCAAAGGACCAGGACAAACCGCUCAAGAACCUGGAAAUGAGUCUCAAUCCAAGGGACAAAGUUUCAGCUACGUUGUGGAUGCCUUCCGAUUUGACCCUUCAACUGGUCAAUAUGUUACCAUGGGAAGAUUGGGCCUCUCUUUGGUGGAGGUAAAAGGCCAGGUUAUGUUGGUCUUGUAUCGAUCUCAGAACGAAAGACUCUCGGUGACCCCAAUCCAAGCGACGUUCCAAUUUCGUGUUCAAGCCAAUCAAUAUUGCAGCUUUCGGGAUCCGCGACAAAUCCAAUGGAGUCUACAUUUUCAAGGCCAUGAAGAUCCAGAGGAAUUAGCUCAACGUGUGGCCUUUGUCAAGGCCAAGCAAGGCUCUUUCAAGUUAGCUGUGACUCAAGAACUGGACAUUGGUCAAGAUUUGGAGUACAAGAUUGGUCCAGAGAGCUUGCUCAAGAUAUCCUUUUCGGUGUAUCAUUUGAACACUGAUAAUGGAAAGCUGGAAGAAGGUGCCUUGGACCACAAAGAUGAUGUGUGGGUUGAUAUGGGUCAAAAUGGAACAAUUCCAAAAUUAUGGCAAGAUUCAUUGAGGGAGCUCAAUCAUGUGGGAAAACAUUUGAUCAUUUCCUCCAACCACGAAGCUCAAGUUUCAUUGGAAAGCGAUCUGAUUGUCUUAUCUGUGAUAAACCUCCAUGAAGUGAAGGAAAAGGUCAAAGUGGAGCCUGUGAAGCCUUUAAUGAGCUCAAAGGCCAAGAUGACGGAGAAAAUGGCUCGAAUGGGACAAGCUGUCAUGCCAAUGGUCAUGAAUUCGUCGAGCGAAGCUGCCAAACAAUCUGAUCCAGGACCAGAAGCCAAAGAUUCGACUCAGGAACCAGUUGAAAGACAUUUCGAAGGCAAGACCUUGUCCGAUUUAAUGUUGGCAGAGAAUCGUCUCCAAACCACAGAGAUUCGAAUGAGUUUGAUGAGAAUGGACGACAAACUACAAAUGUUGCUAAAUCAACAAGGAAUGGUCAAAACAUCCGGGACCAAUGAGGAACAAGCCAGAGCUUUGGCUGAGAAACACCAAGAGUGCAUGGCUCUCCAGGAAUCAGUCCAAGAACUGGAGGUGCUUUUGAGGGAUGCAAACGCUAAAAAAGAAUUGUUACAAGAGCAAAUCGAAAAAAUGAAAGAAAAUGGUGCUGCUCAACAUCAACAAAAACAACAAACACAACAAGCUCCCAUGGAAGACUCGGUUGCUAUCAGGAAAGUUACCAAACUAUUGUCAAAAGCGUAUAAAUCCAUUCAAAACGAUUUUCCAGAGGACCAGACCUUUCCCGGACAUCAAGUUCAUUCGAAAGUCGGAGACUUGUUCAGAGAACUUGCUGAACAUAUUAAAAAUACUUCAAAGGAAGACUAAUGAGGAUAGAAUGUGAAAUGGAAAGCUGCGCACCUCUCUUGAAUUUCACAUGUUAUUUUUGUGUCCUCAGAAUUUUGGUCCUUGAAUUAAUAGUUGUCAUUAAAAAGCUAGUGCCCAAUUAUUAAAACAGACCCCUUUCACUCUGAUUCGCAAAAUUACCCAUUGCACUCUGAUUAACCGGGAGAAAAAUAAGAUAUGGAAAUAAAACUGCUCGCAACAGCUUAACGGAAUAUCAACAUUUUUCACAAUCAUCCAUAUCUCUAAUGCUACCAAUGUUUUCGAUUGGCCAUUUUUUUCGGAAAAUAUUUCUGCCCGACAAUAUUAAUUUUAUGUCUAACGAACUGAAACAGUAUCAGUAGAGGGGGUAACGAAUUUAAAUUCAAUAAAACAUUUUUUGUUAAAAGUUUGAUCAUGUUCGAAAAAAGAAACCAAUUUUUAAUGUUUUAUAAUACAUAAUACUUUGGCAGCUCUGAGGUGCCAAUGCCUCCUAUGUAGCGUUACGUUAUUUAGUGCAUCAAACAUCCACGAAUCCACUGGCUCCGCGAAUUGGGAACCUUGGUUUAAAGAGGGUAAGGUAAUGAUUAAUUCAUCAUCCCAUAACUGGCCCACCGAAAGAGCCGCUAUCCGUAACAGCAAAUAAAAAGCGAACUAGAACAAUA